AUGGACGUUAUUGCUCUGUUCUUUUUGGCGCCCGUGUUGACCACCAAGGCUACCAUCUGGGGCGCUGUUGUUUCGGCUUGUGGUGGUGCCAAAACAAACGACAAACCAACCGCUACAGCUGUGACAUGGGAAGAAAUUGACGCCUACAACAACACUAUCAAAAGCCAUAAAGGUGGCAAGGAAGAAACUGAAGAACCAGACUCGGAAAAAGCAGAAAGCAAAUUUGUAACAUAAGAUAUAUACAUGGCAGAUAUCUCAUCUACCAGGGUGGGCUCUGCAACAUGGUGCCAAAAAAGGUGAAUGCAUAUAUCUGGGUGACUCCAACGUGAAAGAAAAGGAAGCAACAUUUGACAUUUCCUCAAGAUGCAUGUGAGGAAUUGCUGGAUUGGGUAAUUUACCAAUAUGACGGUCCCAACAACCACAACUCUUUUGGACCUUUUUCAUUCUCAAUUGUGAACUUCUUCCCUCGGAUGGUGCCCAAUAUUGGAAAAGAUGCUGCGACUGUACAUGUACUACUCUAGCUAGCAAGUACUGGUAGUUGGUACCGGCACCCCAUGUGAGUGUUACAUCGGUACAUCAAUACCCGUUAGGAGGUCGUUCAGAGGUGGUUACCAGUAGAAUCCGAUAACAUCAUUACUCUAUAAAAGCUACCCAAACAAUUCAGCCGGUCUAAUUGAGUAAGAUAGGAACCAAUCUGUUCCCAGCUCCCUGGCUUGCCGUUGCGUUGCCCGACAGACACACGAAUCUUCAACGUUUUGGCUUUCGAAUCUUUCACCGCAAUCAGCUUUGGUACGUUUUUCAAACCGUUGCGCACCUCUACCGUACGGUAGUGUAUGUCGCUGAUGAGAUGCUGCUGGUGUGGGCUGCCGAAUCUGACCCAAUCGAAUGAUGAAUGAUUGACUAAUUAUUCGCUUGAAUGAAUCUUCGGCCCCAACGCAUUGAAUGACGAAUCAUCCAAUUGUUCUCAGCAGAUUGCGUUUCCCAAUCAUUAUCCCGAGAUAGACAGUCCUCCAAUUCUCCUGUCAUCGCUCAUAGAAAGUUACUGCAGGAUGGAGUUGUUGACUAUUGCAUCGAUAGUCCUGGUCUGCAAGGCCACAGUGAUGGCUGCUGCCAUGCUCGUGAUUGGCAAGAUGAAGGAUGUCCCGACGGUGCGCUUGGAAAACGAGAAACUACGAUAAGCAAGCAGAGGACAGAGCCGGGAGCAUGGGAUCGAGCAUAAAGUGGCACGCACGAGUGUUUGCAUGAAGCUCGUGACCUCGUGCCAUCACCGCCAAGCGUGCAGAAAGGGGAAAUGCAUUGAAGCGGCCAUCACUAAACGUUAAAAAAUAUCCACACUCUAAUCUGCAAGCCAUAAUACAACUAGCUAUGUUCAACUUGAUGCA